AACAGGGAAAAGCUCAGUCGAGGCUCAGAGACCAUGAGCACGUGGGACUGUAACUUUGUGGGAAAGAAAAGAUGGCCGAAUCACAUUCGGAAAUCUCUUGGUCACCGCUAAUCGAUCUCUAACCUUGUUGUUUUGGUGACGGUGCCUGGCGUGACCUCAUUUUCGGGCCCAGGUGGAAAACACUGACCAAACAAGAAGGCGAAUUCUGGAUUUCUGGGGCAAUGUGACUAUUCUAGAAUCGCCCUAGAUCCCCCAGCUCACGGACCAUUUCCAAGUGACGUUGGAGGCAACUAUGACGCAAUGCCACAGAGGGGGACCACCCAAAUUUUGCGGCUACCACCUACCUCCAGUCCCUGUCCGCUCUCCAGCAUCAUCCCCACGAAUAAACCAACCAAGACAUGACAUGACUUCUCAUACCACGAUACAAUGUCAAGCUCUGCAGAGCUGCAACGCGAACGCGAGGUGCAGGGUUACUUCCAGAGCUGGCAAAUAGCGCAAGGUUCCUCUCUCAAGGUCGCCAGAAGUGUCGACAGCAUCAACGCGCCAUCUCAGGUCAAUGACGCACACGCGCCUCAGCCCUCUUCCGACAAAGCGCUCUCGGCCUUUGCGCAACUGGCUGUCUUUCGGCUUAACGUGAAGCGUUGCAUGGUCUCGCUCAUCGAUUCUUCUCAUCAAUACAUUCUCGCCGAAGCCACGCGAAAUCUGCGAUUAGGGUCGCUUGAAGAAGAAUCUAGUGCAAAAAAGACCGGCGACAAGAAAGACCCCGAAAUAGCCGAAUAUAACAGUGAUUUGUGGUGUAGGUUGGACGAUCUCUAUAGUUGAGACAUACACAGCUCGUUCCUUGUGUUCAUGGCUAAUUACUUGCAGUGGGAACCUCCAUUCUCUCCCGCCCAGAAGCCGUUUGCGAGCACUGCCUACACAAUACAUGCAUCGGUCGCGACCCCGAUGGCAAAACAUACUCGGCCUCUGGCCUUAUCGUUCCCGACUGUCGCCUCGAUGAUCGCUUCAAAUCGCGCGUAUAUGUCCAAUCCGAACCAGGUGUGCGCUUCUACGCUGGCGUACCCAUCUUCUCACGAAAAGGAUACAAGGUCGGAGCGUAUGCUGUUUCAGACGAACGACCGCGUGAUGGACUAUCGAUCGAGGAUGUGAAGUUUAUGCAGAGUGUUGCGCAAGCUAUCACUGAACACUUAGAAUGGGCGCGCGACCGUGUUGACAGGUUCAAAGGCGAACGCAUCGUUCGCGGAUUGGCGACCUUCAUCGAAGGCUGCUCAAGUGACGACCCGAUACUGUCAAAGGAGGAUCAGCCCCAAAGACCCUCGAUUAAACGCCCCCCAGGCAUGACUAUCACGGCGACCAGACGUUCCUCCUUGCACAACACUAUGCGCAAGGUCGAUCCUGACUCCAAUCAACGAUCUCAAAAACCUACAUCGCCGCCUCGCAAGCACAAGCCACAGACGGACGGUUUAUCAAGGAUGUACCACCGAGCGGCCGAUAACCUACGAUCUGCAAUCCUCGCUGAUGGAGUUGUGCUCUUCGGUGCCACAGCCUCCAACGUUCAGCACCUAACCCGAGCGGUACAGAUAGAACAGGGUGGUGCCACGAACGCUGAUGGACUACCGACGCAAAUCGCUGCAGAGCCCGAUGCCUUCAGCACAGAGAGCUCUGAUUCCGAGACAUCACCGCUGUCAAGGCCAUGCAAACUUCUUGCUUACUCGUUAGCUGACAAGAGCAAGCCCUUGGACCUCGAGCAGGGCCCAUCGUUCUCUAUCGGAACUCUAGAGAGAUACUUCUCCCUAUUUCCAAAAGGAAAGACGUUUACGUUUACAGAAGAAGGAGCCGGUCUUUCUUCCGAUGACGAUAGUGCGAGUGAUGGUAGCCCUGCUCCCGCUGGAGGAAAAAGCAAGCGACGUAAAGAAAAGAUUGACCACAAAGAACUCCUUAAGAAGAUUCCUGGGGCAAAGGCGGUUGUCUUCCUACCAUUGUUCGAUUACGUCGAAGACAAGCUCGUUGGUGGGUGUUUUCUUUGGACCUCAGUGCCGGGUCGCAUGAUGAACUUGGACGAGGACCUUUCCUAUCUACGAGCCUUCGGCAACAGUAUUACAAGUCAAGUCGGGCGAAUAAACACACGAAAGAACGAAGCAGCAAAGACCACAUUCAUCGCCAGCAUGAGUCACGAGUUACGAAGUCCGCUACAUGGUAUCUUGGGUGCCGCUGAGUUCCUCAAAGACGCAGUAACCGACUCGUAUGAAGUCGGCCUUGUCAAUUCGAUCGCAACUUGUGGCAAGACACUCCUCGAUACUUUGAACCACGUUCUUGACUUCAGCAAGAUAAACAAUCUCGGCAGCGGACAGUUGAGAAAGGGCGCAAAGCACAACAAGAUCAUUAGUCUCUCUUCUGAUUCGAUGGAGAGUCUAAACAUGACAGCGUCAGUAGACCUGUCCGUUCUUGUCGAAGAAGUUGUCGACGCUGUGGCAACUGGUCACAACUUUAAAAAGCUCCCCAGAAAGCAACUGAGUCAAGAUGAUGCAGUAUUGGGCGGCAAAGAUAGCCAAGGAGCCCCAGAGCCAGGAACCGAUCAUCCUGUAUCGAUCCUUCUGGAUAUUAGCCCGAGGGCAUCAUGGAUGGUCAAGACACAGCCUGGCGCCCUUCGAAGGAUUGUCAUGAAUCUGUUCGGUAACGCUCUCAAGUACACAGCGCUGGGUUUCGUACUUGUCUCUGUGCGGGCGCAAGAGAUCAGUGGCGAUUCUAGAAUAGAUGUCCUGAUUCGAGUCACGGAUACUGGAAAGGGAAUGUCGGAGGACUUUCAACAGAACCGCCUAUUUGUUCCUUUCAGCCAGGAAGAUUCCUUCCAACCUGGCACCGGUCUGGGCUUGAGCAUUGUUAAACAGAUUGUGGAUUCACUUGGAGGAACGCUCGAGGUUAAGUCGGAACAGGAUAAGGGUACUGAAAUUGAAGUCCGCCUCCGUCUCGAGCCGGUUCCUGAAGAGAACCCUAAACCGGAAGAGCCUAUGGCUUCCAUGGUCGAACAACUUCGGGGAAGGUCUUUGGUGCUCUUGGAAGCGAGCGAGGACUUCCAUUCGAAAACCACUACUAAACAAGUCGAGGUGCGCAACGAAACCUUGAUGGAAAUCUUCUCAAGUUGGUUCAACAUGAAGGCUGCAAGAGAGGUAGACACGGAUGUUCCCAAAGCCGAUUUCUAUCUCUAUUGUGAACCACCAUCUGCGAAAACUCUCGAAAAGCGUUUUGAGGAGACUGCGAUAGACGGCCGUCGCAAUAAGAAAGCACCCAUCAUCAUCAUCAGUCUGAAUGAAGAGGAAGCGGCAAAAAUAUCGAGAGCUCAGACUAAGGCCUUGGCCAGAUUAUCAGAUGUGGUUGAAGUUAUUCCACAACCAUGUGGCCCCAGAAAACUCGCACAAGUAUUCAGUCGAUGCUUAAACAGGAUUGUAGAAGUCAGAGAUGACGAUGAUAACAGAAACCUGAUCCAGAGUGCGCAGACAGACGGCAAAAUGCCAACAGAGCAGGAUACUCCAGACAGAGAGGACGCAACAGAACAGAUGAACUCGAAAUUGUACCAAGAUAAAGGCAACAGGCCGGAUUGGUCGGAAACUACCACUUCACCAUUACCACAAGGAAAAGAAGAACAAGGCCGAACCAAACACGACAGUCGAAACAAUGGCCAGAAUAACGAAAAGAAGGAGAGUAAUGAAGACUUCAUGAAGGUGGUGAACAAUAAGUCUUCACAAGAUACACGAAAACAAAAGAAACCAGAAAUACCAAGCAAGGCACACGUUCUACUCGUCGACGACAACAAGAUCAACCUCAACCUUCUAACAAUGUUCAUGAAGAAAUGCGGCUUCUCCUACGAAGAAGCCGAGAACGGAGAAGAAGCGGUCGAGACUUUUAAAAAGUCGACAAUCGGCGACGCAGGACCGGGGACACCCGUCAAGAAGCACUUCGACUACAUACUAAUGGACAUAAGCAUGCCUGUCAUGAACGGCGUCGAGGCUACAAAGAGGAUCCGCAAGCUCGAGGCGGAGUACAAGGUUCCGCGGACGACGGUGUUUGCGCUGACGGGGCUGGCGAGCGCGGAUGCGAGGCUGGAUGCCAUGUCGGCGGGCGUGGACCUGUUUCUGCCGAAGCCGGUCAAGUUUGCCGAGUUGAAGACGAUGAUUGAAAAUAACUAGAUGUAUAUACGAGAUGAAUUAUGUGUACUUGUUUAUGAUAGAUGUGUAAUAGAAGAUGUAGAAUGAUUGAAGUCGAGUUUGUGA